GGGCGAGGAGACCCAUCUCUGACAUCACUGCAGCUUGGGCUCAGCCGGAGCUUCAGCCUCACCCGGGCUCCAGUAAGUGCUGCUGACUCCUCUCGGGGAUUUUCCCACUGGCCUAUCAAGUAACCGGGGCACUCCUGUCCCUUUGGGAAACUUCCAACUCUGCUCUCUGGGACAAAAUCACUUCUUCCUGGUAUCUCAUCUCGCCAUACACGACGCUGGCUUAGGGGCUGUGCUGAGCAGAAGGCUGGCGGCCGGUGCUUCUAGCCUGCUAGGCUGUCUCCCUGAUUCCUGCCACUCACUGUACAGCAGGGACCAAUGGUCACCAUCUGCUCCUGAACCAGAUUCUGAGGUACCAGGUUGGUCUGUGGGCUCCCCUGGGUCCCAUGGAGACCUGGCGGAAAGGCUCCUUCCGCAAUGCCUCCUUCUUCAAGCGGCUGAGCCUGGGGCGGCCGGGGCGACUCCGGCGACAGGGCAGCGUGCUCAGUCAGGCCAGCACAGCUGGUGGCGACCACGAGGAGUACAGCAACCGAGAGGUCAUCCGGGAGCUGCGAGGGAGGCCUGAUGGCCGGCGCCUGCCACUGUGGGGGGAUGAGCAUCCCCGGGCCACCCUGCUGGCCCCACCCAAGCCUCCACGCCUCUACCGGGAAAGCUCCAGUUGCCCCAAUAUCCUAGAGCCGCCAUCCACCUACACCGCUGCCUACUCGGUUACCCUGCCCUCUGCCUUCUCCCUGGCUGGCGCCCUCAACCAGUACUCUGAGGAGGACCUUUCGGACACUCCCUGCUUCCAGAAGACACCUGCUCCGGACCUCAGUGAUCCCUUCUUCUCCUUCAAAGUGGACCUGGGAAUUUCACUUCUUGAGGAGGUUCUGCAGAUACUGAGGGAGCAAUUUCCCAGUGAGCCCAUCUUCUGAAUGGGGUGAGGAUGGGCAGAGGUGGGGAGACUGGAAGAGUCAGAAGCCAGGGUACCCAGGGGAGCAGGAUACAGUCAUGGACUAAGAAAAAGAUAGGGAUAGGAAUCCAGGGUCCUGAACUGUUCUCCAAGUCACCCCAGUUUGGAGGGACCACAAAGGAAAGCUGGAGAUGUCAUGAUCAGGACACUUGCUGGCAGGAGCCCUGAAGGCAGCUGGCUAGGCUGGAAAAGGGAGGCGCCUGCAACCACUAGACCAGCAGAGCGGAGUGGCGGUGCAAGGGUGUGGCAGAAAGUGGACAACACACAGAGCAGGCAGAACAGUCAGUGCCCUGCACCAGCUCCCUCUGAAGCCACCGUCAACAGGGAGAGGUUACAGGCAGGUCCAGGCAAAAGAGGCUUAACUCAGGCAGAAGAGGAAGGCGGGGAGACCUGAGGGGAGAGGGACAAGUUUUGACCUUGUCCAAUAGAGUAGCCAGAACUUAAAUGUGGCUGAUUUAAA